AUGCAAAAACAAGUUCCUAAGGCUUAUGUAUUGGUUUCAAUGGAUAAAAACGACAUUCAAAAAAUGUCGGCAUAUACGGCAAAGACCCUCAGCUCAAUUGUAAAAACGUGCCUUGGCCCAAGGGCUAUGCAGAAAAUGGUUUUAACCAAAAUUAACUCAAUUGAACUUACAAAUGAUGGAAACUCAAUCUUGAGAGAAAUAGACGUUAGUCAUCCAUCAGCAAGAUGUCUGAUUGAGCUUGCACAGACCCAAGAUGACGAGUGUGGAGAUGGAACAACUACUGUCCUGGUUCUUGCUUCUGAGCUACUUGAUCGAAUGAUACCUCAUUUAAAAGACAAUCAUCCGAUCAAAAUUUGCAAGAUGCUUUCAAAUGCCAAGGAAAUGUGCUUGAACCAUUUAAACAGUGUUUCUAUUGAAGCUAAAGAGGAGGAACUUAUAAAAAUAGUAUCUUCAAGUGUGGCUACAAAGCUUUGUAGUAUUCUAAAAGUUCCAAUACCUCAACUUGCAUUGAAUGCUGCACAGUUAAUUAAAAAUAACAGUGAGGAUUCAAAAAUAGACAUUAAGAAUGAUAUAAAAAUUGAAAAAAUAAUAGGAUCAUUUGAGGAAUCCGAAAUAAUCGAAGGAAUAAUAGUUGAAAAAGAUCUAGUACAUAGCCAAAUGAGGAAGACUAUUGAUAAUCCAAAGAUUCUUGUUCUUGAUUGUCCCCUUGAGUAUAGGAAAGGUGAAAGUGUGACGAAUAUGGAAUUUUCUGAUAGGAAUGACUUUACUAAAGCAUUGCGAAUUGAAGAGGAUCAUGUGAGAGAGAUGUGUAGAUAUAUAAUAGAAGCGGGUGCGAAUAUUGUAAUAACAGAGAAAGGCAUUAGUGAUUUGGCGUUAAGUAUUUUAUAUGAAAAUGAAAUAACAGCCAUUAGAAGGGUCAAGAAGUCUGAUCUUAUCAGAAUAUCAAAGGCGACUGGCACAACAAUCAUGAGUAGAAUAGAAGGAAUUUCCAUGAAGCAGUUGGGGUCAGCAGGUCUCUUUGAGUAUGUCAAGAUCGGAAGAGAUUACUUCUGUAAACUAAGUAAAUGCAGCAAUCCUAAGGCUAUUAGUGUAGUUUUACGUGGGCCUACAAAAGAUCUUCUUGCGGAGCUGGAAAGAAAUUUCAUGGAUGCAAUUAAGAUCGCAAGAAAUGUGUUGAUGAAUCCUAAACUUGUGCCAGGUGGAGGUGCAUCUGAAAUGAGCUUGGGUAUUCAUCUUUGUAAUAACAGCACAUCAGAAAACUAUCAAGUUUUCAAAAGUUGUUAUGAGGCUUUAAAGGCUAUUCCUUCGAUUAUUUCAACAAAUAGUGGCACGGGUAAAACCCUGGAAAUUCUUUAUGAGCUUGAAAAACAACAAAGAUCAAAAGGGUCUUAUAUUGGUAUUAAUGGUAUUACAGGAGAGAUUUCUGAUGUGAGGAAUAUUGUUUUGGAGCCACUUAUAGUUAAAUCACAGUCAAUCAAGAGUGCAUUUGAGUGUGUUAUGCAGUUAUUACGAGUAGAUGGAAUUAUUGAAAGUAAAUCUAAAUAA